ACGUGUCAGGCGGUUGACGCGGGCGGCGGCGAUGCCCCUUCUCGUCAGUAACUGCUCGAUCGACAUACCGUCGUCGACUGGCGACUUUAUCGAGCGUUACUCACAGUUAAAGGAAGCCGCAAAAUCUCUCCAAUCAAAGCCAGUACGUAAGAUAGAUCCUACAAGUCUUCUGUACGUUCAUCAAAGAGAAUUUGCAACAACAACUCCUCAGGAUGGUUCUGUGUCUAUACUUGGUACGGAAGAUGCAACCACUUGCCACAUGGUAGUUCUGCGACACACAGGGAGUGGGGCUACAAGUUUGGGACAUUGUGAUGGAGCAGAUACAGAAGUGACAGUCUCUUUAAUGUUCAAUGCAGUGAAGUCCUUGUCAGUAGGAUGUGAUUCUGGAAGAUAUGAAGUUCACCUUGUAGGGGGUUUCAUUGAUGAAAGGUCAUUGUCUCACAGACUCACUCUUGAACUUCUUGAAGCUUUCAAUUGUCAAUCAGAGAACAUUCAUCUGGAAACAUACUGUUUAACAGAACUUAAUGAUGUAGUGAAGCAAAACAUUCAUUGGCCUAUAAUUUAUGGAAUAGCUGUAAAUGUGAAAACUGGAGAUAUUUUUCGUGCAACUUUCCCAGAUAGAGGCCCAGAUGAGGUUAUUCGUGCUGCUCGUACUUUUUUAGGGGGUUCUAUAACGUCCGUUUAUAAUGCAAAAGAGGAACAACUGCAGAUUGAGCCUUACCAGUGGAAACAAUUUGCAGCAGCUCAGUUCUGGCUGCAGCAGACUGAUCAAGUGAUACUGCAGAACUUUUCAACAUCGCCACUUGUUGAACCAUCACACUUUGUUAAACAGGAGAGAUCCAUUUUCCAAUUUCUGUCUCGCUAUCCAGAGGAGCCAUUAUUUCCUAAGGGUAGGUCCAGGAUCUACAAAAAAACUUCGGAUGGUUUGUGGGAGAGGAUUGAUUGUGCUGCCUAAUGUUUUGAAUUUGAGCCACUAACACCCAAGUACUUUAACUGCUUCUGAUCACAAGUGACACUGCAUCAAGAGCACAACAUGGUGGCAUGUUUAUGUAUGUUUAAAUCAGUUCAUCCUGCAACUGCAGCUUCAAAAAUAAAAUUCCUGAAUCAUUUUA